AUGGUCGACCCCGGCGACGAGGACGGCAGAAUGGAGCGCAUAGCCUCCAACAACCCAGCCAUGGCCAUCCCCGCCAGCCAGAUGGUGUCGCGGCCCGAUUUCAACCGCCUGCGUUCACGAAGCAGUAUACAACAAACCCAUCGACCUGUCAGAAGAUCUGAUCCGUCGGGAGACACAGAGUCCAUUACCACCAUUUCAAAAUCCACAUCACCAGAAGCAAUACCACCGCCCUCCAAGUACGAUGUUGGCUGGCGCCGCGUGGUGCGGAACUUUUCGCCGUCCUGGUUUAGCGUGACCAUGGGGACGGGCAUUUGCUCUCUGCUGCUGAUCACGAUCCCCUUCAAGGCCGCGUGGCUGUACUGGUUCUCGGUGGUGUUCUUCGUCCUCAACAGCGUGCUCUUCACCCUGGCCUUCACUGCCUCUUUCCUCCGAUACACCCUCUACCCGGAGAUCUGGGCCGUCAUGAUCGCCGACCCUACGAAUUCGUUGUUCCUGGGCACCAUCCCCAUGGGCUUCGCCACCUUGGUCGAGAGCUGGAUUAUCCUGUGUUGCCCCUACUGGGGUUAUUGGAGCGUGUGGGUCGCGUGGAUUUGUUGGAUGGUUGAUUCCGUGGUCGCCGUGGCCGUGACGGUGUCACUACCGUUUCUGCUGAUGAGUCAACGCGACUCGCAGGGCUUGGAGAGGAUCACGGCGGCACAGCUGUUGCCGAUUGCAAGUACAAUUGUUGCCUCUGGGGCUGGAAGUGAGGUCGCCGAACUGCUUGAUUCCCCCGACCACGCCUUGGGUACAUUGAUAACUUCAUAUGUCAUGUGGGGUAUGGCAACCCCUCUCGCGGUCACGGUGUUGGUAAUGUACUACCAGCGUCUGGCCUUACACAAGCUCCCCCCACGCGAGGUCGUCGUGUCCUCAUUUCUCCCCUUGGGACCUCUAGGCAUGGGCGGCUACACGAUCAUGUAUCUGGGCAAGGUGUCCCGGCUCGUAUUCCCCCGUGUGCACUUCUUCCACAAUCUCCCGGUGGCAGGCGACGUUGCCUACAUCCUCGGCUUCUUCGUGGCGCUGAUAAUGUGGGGGUUCGGUCUGUGUUGGCUCGUCUUCGCCCUCGCGACCAUCUACUCCACGCGUCCCUUUCCCUUUAAUAUGGGUUGGUGGGGAUUCACGUUCCCCUUAGGCGUGUACGCAAUCUCAACCAUGACCUUUGGGGUCGAGAUGCCGAGCAAGUUCUUCAAGGUGCUGGGCACGGUCUUUAGCAUCGCGGUCAUCUUGCUUUGGUGCGUCGUGGCUGGGGGUACGGCUAAGGGUGCCUGGAGCGGACAGUUGUUCUACGCUCCGUGCUUGAAGAAUUUGCCCCUUCCGAAGGAUGGAGCCGAAGAGGGCGGAAGGAAAGAUGAGGAGCGGAUGGUGGACAAGGAAAAACUGUCCAGGAGCUGA